AUGAAUUUAUUAGAUCUCAGAGAACACGUUUAUUUUACAGAAAGCAUACUUAAAACUCUAAAGCAAAAUCGUAUUUAUACUGUGUUUGAUUUUCUACAAGAAGAGGCAGAGAAGUUAUCAACUUUAACAAAACUAACUUUGCCACAAAUUUUAGAAAUAAGACAGGAAAUAUUUAAGAAACAUUCCGCAAAUCUUAUUAGUGGCACCACAUUAUUUAUAAAUAGCCUAACAUGUAAAAAUUUAGAUGAAACUUUAGGUGGUGGUAUCCCUGUUGGGCUUAUUACUGAAAUAUGUGGGUUAGCAGGCUGCGGAAAAACUCAACUUUGUAUGCAAUUAGCGAUUAACUCUGUAAAAGAAUCAGAUGAUUCAGUUCUUUAUGUUGAUACCAAAGGAGAUUUUUCAGCAAUUAGGUUACAAAAAAUCUUAGAUGCUAACGGGAUAUCCUAUAAGGAAAUGGCUAAGAUUAUGUUAAAAAUAAGAGUGGUUCGUAUUUGGAGCAUGGAAGAUUUGAUAAUACUUCUUGAAAAUAUAAAAAGUGGUGUUCUUAAAAUUGAAAAUUUGUCCCUAAUCAUUGUUGAUUCAUUACCAUGCCUCCUGUUUCAACAUUUUGGAGAUGAUAAUAAAAUAGGUUUAACAUUUUUAAAUAGAGUUGUAAAUAACAGCAGAUACAUUAGCAAAGAGUAUCAAAUAGGUAUUAUAUAUGUUAACAUUCAAACAAGAUGGGUUGAUCAAGAUGUUUCAGAUCCUGAAGAAAUUGAAUCAACAGCCACAGUGAAAGAUAACACAUACACAGAAAAGAGAAAUCGCUGUCUCGGAAAGUAUUGGCAAACCAUUCCAGCAUUAUUACUUGUAAUUGAAAAAUAUAGUGAUUACAAUGUUGAAAAUAACUAUGAGAACUGUGUUAUGAUUAAAGUUAUGGUUACAAGACAUUUUAACCCUUUAGUUGUUGAAAAUUGUAUUUUAAAAUUGAAUGCACUUGGUGUUACAUAACAAAUAAUUUAAAAUGACUUCAUUGUAGUUCUCGGCAGGCCUGUUAAGUUAACUAACAAAACUACAAAUUAAUUUUAGUCAAGAAUUGCAUUUAGUUCAAGUUUUUCUGAUAAUAUGACUAUUAUAUUUAUUUUUUAUUUGGUUCUCAUUGUCUUAAUUUUUCUUAAAAACGUAGUG